AUGAUUCGCUGGCAUGAUCCGAGCUGCAGACGACCAGCUGUCAGUGUGGCAAGUGGUAUUCCAUGCUGCAAUUACUGCUUUGCCAUUGCAAUCGUCGAGCAAGAAACAAUAGUCACAGAUUCAUCGGUGCCGCUAAACAAAUCCUCUCAUAGUUCUCCCUGGCCAUCAUGCCUCAUUUCAGGUAGCCAAACUAUAUCAAAGAGAAGCACACAACAUGGAGAAAGCGAAUUCCGAACAGACUCUCAAGAGAGCUUAUUCCCAACACUGCCCUCCGAAGAUCACAUACGGCUUGUCAGAUUAGACGCUGGUCGUAUCGAUGGCCUGCUUCAUGUUGACCUGGAAGUGGUGCACAUUUACAAUCAACCGGCUCAAUUAUUUGAAAUCUUGUCAUAUACCUCUGCGAAUGAAAGCGAAGGCUCUGACAGUUCCCAUAUUGUCUUUGUAGGCAAGUACUGGGACAUUGUUUACGUGUCAUACAACUGUCAACAGGCGCUUCGCUUUUGUCGGAACCAGGAUUUUGACCGACUCUUAUGGGUGGACUUAUUAUGCAUUGAUCAGGCAAAUCUCAAAGAAAAAAGUCAGCAAACCUCCUUGAGAAGAGAACUUUGCCUGAAGGCGUCUAAAGUUGUCGCCUACUUGGGAGAAGAAACUUCCGACGGUAGAGAAGCUUUGGAAUUUCUCAAGAGCAUGGCUAUAACUGUCCAAGAAAUGAGAACUGGCCAUGAGCAUAUCAACGAAGUUAAUCGAAGAGCUUUGAGAAUCCUUCUAGAAAGACCAUUGUUCACCCGAUUAUGGUUUCUUGUUGAAGUAUUAUUAGCUCGGAACCUUGAGUUAGUUUGCGGUGCACAGUCAGCUCCAUGGCCUAAGGCGCCUUUUGCGCUGGCCCAUGAAGAUGUUCCUAUACCUGACUGGUUGUUCAAGGGAGAAAAGUGGUACGGACUUACUGAUCGUGAUCUCUUACCCAUACUAUCCCAGACAUCAUCUUACAAGUGUUCCGAUCCGCGGGACAAGGUGUUCGCGGUGCUUAGCUUGAUAUCCCAGAGUGAACUUGACCCCGACUACACUGUUUCCGUUGAAAAGAUAUACAUCGGUCUAGCUGCGUACCUUAUCGCAGUUUGCAGUUCGAUGGAUGUUCUCGAAUUCGCUGGUUUAAAUGUGAAAACAUUCGACGUCCCCUGCUGGGUCCCAGACUGGUCCCAAGCAUUAUCCACGUUCAGUCAAGUCCUUUCUGCAAGCGAUCAAGACCUCAAUCGGAAACGUAACAAACUCCCAGGCGCACGUCAUGUGCUAUUUCAUGAUUAUCUUGCCUUCAAAUGUGAAAGUCAUCUGAGCGUGGCCACGCCAAUCCUGCGCACUUGCUCUAUCAGGAUCUGCGGGUUACAGGGCAGCAUCAAACGGAAUCGAGGUUAUGUACACAUCAGCAUGGCACUUGACAAAAGAGCUACUCUGUUUGUUUCCUUCCUCGAUAGAGGGUAUGAAGAAGGGCCCGAUAGCUUGUUUCUUCUGGGUGGGUGCAAAAGCCCUGUCAUUCUCAGAGAAGGCUCUGCUCCUGGCUCUUAUCUUCUCGUAUCGGCCUGCGCCCUUUCGCUCGGACGACCUCCCUCCAAUUGGCUGCUCCCUUGGGCCAGCAGUAGGGUGACUCAACAGAUCAGCAUCUUAAGACUAUCCUCUGAAGAGAAGAGCUUGAUUCGUGAAGUUCAUCUGGUUAUAGAGCAAACUAGACGGCAAUCUGUCGCCUUAGAUGAUACAAUUCCUGUGCCCUUCUCCAGUGCCAGAGACAAGGUCUUCAGCUUCUCUUUAUGCUUAUUCACGGGAUUACCAGAGCUCGACAGGCAGUUAUGGCGCACAUGGGAAAAAUUUAACACUGAACUUGGUUGGAUGUUCCGUGACCAACAAGCAACAUGGCUGCUUCUUCAAUUGCUCAAUAACUUGGAUGCUGCCGAAAUACAAGGGCAAGGCCAAAUCAAAAUAGACAGGUGUUAUGAGUUCCUCGCGUUGAAAUAUUCCGGGGUGGAAUAUCCUUCAACAUAUGCAUGGGAUCUGAGUCGAUUUGUCUGGUCGUUUUUAAAGCGCCUGGACCCGGAGCAAGCGACCCAGAAACCACAAUGCACUCCAACUCCAAUCCUAAAGAUUAUGAUGAAAUCUCUUCUCCAAAUUCAACAAUGGGCAGCAACAACGGAACAGUUACUGAAGAUAUUUGAAUAUACUCAGACUGUGCUCGGCUCCUGCUGGGAAUCAUUCCCUGGUAGCCACCUGCCUCAGAAGUGGGUUGGUAACUACGAGAACUUCAACAAGGCCGUUGGGACGGAUCUACAUCAAAACAUAACGGACUUAAGACCAUCAUUAGAUUUAUCCUGUCACUGGGACAUACAAGAGUUCGAAGACAAUGCCAGAGCCAGAGAUCGUUUAUGGGAUGUCGAAUUACCUCCCGAACUAGAACCCACAAUCGAUAAUAACAUGGCGGUGCAUGCAGGCUUCAGGUCCUUAGGACUCGAACUAUAUGACGAGCGGAUAAUCGAUAUCGUGUGA